AUGGCUGAAAGUCUGGAGGUGCAUCUUCAAUGUCCCACCUGUCUGGACGUCUUCAAAGAUCCUGUCAUCCUGCCGUGCAGUCACAGCUUCUGCCGUGCGUGUCUACAGCAGUGGAAGGACAAAGGAGAACGAUCGUGUCCACUCUGUAGGACAGAGUUUCGUUCGAUGGUUCUGCCUCUGAACCUGGCACUGAAGAAUCUGUGUGAGAACCUUUCACGAGCCUCUAUCAAGUCAGAUGACAUAUGCUGCUUACACAAAGAAGAAUUAAAACUCUUCUGUUUGGACCACCGGGAGGUUGUGUGCAUCAUCUGCAGAGAUGCAGAAAUCCACGUUGGUCACAAGAUCCGGCCCCUCGAAGAAGUUGUGAAAGGUCAUCAUGAGGAACUCCAGAAAGAACUGCAGAAGGCCAAGGAAAGACUCAAAGAUUACAACGACUGUCGAGAGAACUGCAAUGAACAGGCAGAGUAUAUCAAAGUCCAGAGGGAGAAUGUCGAACGCAAAAUAAAGAACAAUUUUGAGGAGCUCCGUCGCUUCCUCGACGUCGAGGAGGAGGCCAGGUUGGCUGUGGUCAGGGAGGAAGAGAAGGAGAAGAGUCAAACGAUGAAGGAGAAGAUGGCGGCCCUCGGCGAACAAAUGGCCGCUCUCUCGGAGGUCAUCAGAAGCACUGAGGAGCAGCUGGUGUCUAACAAUGUUGCUUUCAUGAAGAAGUUCAAGACUGCAAUGGGAAUGAUCCAAGAGCUUCCCGAUAAACCAGAGCUGAUCGGAGGAUGUCUGCUGGACGAAACCAAACACGUGGGCAACCUCAAGUUCAAGGUGUGGGAGCUGAUGAAGGAGAAGCUUGCCUAUAGUCCCGUCAUUCUGGACCCCAACACGGCCCAUCCAAGAAUUAGACUGUCUGAAGAUCUGAGCAGUCUGAGUUGGGAAGACGUACAGCAGGACCGUCCACAGAAUCCAGAGAGGUUCCAGACGUGGCGGUCUGUGCUGGGUGCUGCUUUGGACUCGGGAAGACACGUGUGGGAUGUUGAGGUGGGAGACACCAAUUUCUGGGCAGUGGGGAUCAAGUGGGGGGACCCUUGUUUGCCAGAGAAAAUGCGUGGUUGGCUCAUUGGAUUUCGUUGUGGGAAAUACACAAAUCCCAGUUUCCAAUAUGGAUCAUGGAAUCCCCCUGUCAAAUUGCAGAGGAUCCGAGUUGAAGUGGACAUGAAUGAGAGCUCAUUUUCCUUCUCUGAACCUCUAACAAACACCGAAUUGUGGAAGAUGCCUUCCGAUUGUCCAGACUUGUCCAGGCAAACCAAAAUAUAUCCUUACUUUCACACAACACGUAAAAUACCUCUUAAGGUAAUCCUCAUUCCACCUGGUGUUACGACUGGCAUCAGUUUGCAGUCAUGUUGA